GGACGGGGAGCUGGCGGCGCUGGUGGCGGCGGUGCCGGGGCUGAGGGAGCUAGAGUUGGUUCGCCCCCGGUCCCUCACCGACGCGGGUCUGGCCGCCCUCACCGCCCUGUCCGCCCUCACACAGCUCACGGUGGCGGGGGCGCAGCAGCUCACGGUCGCCGGCUUCACCCCCGCCGCCCGCUGUCUGCGCCAGCUGCGGCUGCUGGUGCUUCGCGACCUGCCGUCCCUCACCGCGGCGCACUGCGACCAGCUGGAGGGGAGCUGUCCUCGCAGGGGGCAGCUGCGGGUGCAGCUGGUGGGGCAGCAGCAGCACGCUCAGCAGGCGUGAGAUUGGGAGGGGGGGCUCGGUAUGAGGCCAAAGAGCAGGGGAAAGUAGGAAAGCG